GGAUGCCUCCAGCCGGCCAGCUGUUCCUUUCUGAUCCAUGCAGCCUUGGUUUAAACUGCAGCUAGAUGCGCCUGGAUCGGAGGCCCUGUCGAGCACCAUGGCGGAACAGCUCCUUCCUCAGGCCCUGUAUUUGAGCAAUAUGCGGAAAGCAGUGAAGAUAAGAGAGAGAAUGCCAGAAGACUUUUUCAAGCCCACCAAUGGGAUCAUUCAUCAUUUUAAAACCAUGCACCGAUACACGCUGGAAAUGUUCAGGACUUGCCAGUUUUGCCCACAGUUUCGGGAGAUCAUCCACAAGGCUCUCAUUGACAGAAACAUCCAGGCUUCCCUGGAAAGCCAGAAGAAGCUCAACUGGUGUCGUGAGGUCAGGAAGCUUGUGGCGCUAAAAACCAAUGGUGACGGAAACUGUCUCAUGCAUGCCACUUGUCAGUACAUGUGGGGUGUUCAGGACGUGGACUUGGUCCUGAGGAAGGCACUGUGCAGUACCCUCAAGGAGACAGACACACGGAACUUUAAAUUUCGCUGGCAGCUGGAGUCCCUGAAAUCUCAGGAAUUUGUGGAAACAGGGCUUUGCUAUGACACUCGGAACUGGAAUGAGGAAUGGGACACCCUGGUCAAAAUGGCAUCCACAGACACCCCUACAGACCGAAGUGGACUUCAGUAUAACUCCCUGGAAGAAAUUCACAUAUUUGUCCUCAGCAACAUCCUCAGAAGACCUAUCAUUGUCAUUUCUGACAAAAUGCUAAGAAGUUUGGAAUCAGGUUCUAGUUUUGCCCCUUUGAAAGUUGGUGGAAUUUACUUGCCUCUGCACUGGCCUGCCCAGGAAUGCUACAGAUAUCCCAUUGUCCUUGGUUAUGACAGCCAACACUUUGUACCCCUGGUGACCCUGAAGGACAGUGGACCUGAAAUCCGAGCUGUUCCACUUGUUAACAGAGACCGAGGGAAAUUUGAAGACUUAAAAAUUCACUUUUUGACAGAUCCUGAAAAUGAGAUGAAGGAAAAACUCUUAAAGGAAUACUUGAUGGUGAUUGAGAUCCCGGUGCAAGGCUGGGACCACGGCACUACUCAUCUGAUUAAUGCCGCAAAGUUGGAUGAAGCUAAUUUACCCAAAGAAAUCAAUCUGGUAGACGAUUACUUUGAACUUGUUCAGCAUGAGUACAAGAAAUGGCAGGAAUGCAAUGAUCAGGGGAGGAGCGGGGCACCUGGGCAGAGCCGUUCGGAACCGUCCCCGCCCCAGCUCUCGCUCAUGGAUGUAAAAUGUGAAACGCCCAGGUGCCCCUUCUUCAUGUCCGUGAACACCCAGCCUUUGUGUCACGAGUGCUCGGAGAGGCGGCAAAAGAGCCAGGACAAGCUUCCCAAGCUGACCUCUAAGCCAGGCCGCACCUUCGGGGCUUCUCGGGGAGACACCUUGGAGCCUUCAGCCUGGAGUCCCGAGGAGCCAGCUGGGGGGCCUCACUCGGCCCCACCCACAGCACCCAGCCUUUUCCUGUUCAGUGAGACCACCGCUAUGAAGUGCAGGAGCCCCGGCUGCCCUUUCACACUGAAUGCGCAGCACAAUGGAUUUUGUGAGCGGUGCCACAAUGCCAGGCAGCUUAAUGCCAGCCACGCUGCAGACCCCGCCAGGCACUCAGAUCCCGGCAAGUGUCGAGCCUGCCUCCAGGAUGUCACCCGGACAUUUAACGGGAUCUGCAGUACUUGCUUCAAAAGGACUACGACCGAGCCCUCCUCCAGUCUCAGUUCCAGCAUCCCUCCUUCUUGUCACCAGCGCUCCAAGUCUGACCCCUCUCAACUCAUCCAGAUUCUCUCUCCAAACUCUUGUCACAGAGCUGGAAAUGAAGACCCCUCUGGCUGCCUUACCCAGGCUUCAUGGACUCCAGGGGACAGGACUGGGACAAGCAAAUGCAGAAAGGCUGGCUGCAUGUAUUUUGGGACUCCAGAAAACCAGGGCUUUUGCACACUAUGUUUCAUCGAGUACAAAGAAAACAAACAUUUUGUCGCUGCCUCUGGGAAAGCCGGUUCCACAGCCUCCAGGUUCCAGAACAGCAUUCCGUGCCUGGGGAGGGAGUGUGGCACCCUCGGCAGCACCAUGUUUGAAGGGUACUGUCAGAAGUGCUUUAUCGAAGCUCAGAACCAGCGCUUCCGAGAAGCCAAGCGGACGGAAGAGCCACUGAGAUCAAGCCCACGCAGGGACAUGCCUCGAACCACACAGGGAGCCUCACGGCCCAAGUGUGCCCGGGCCUCCUGCAAGAACAUUCUGGCGUGCCGCAGCGAGGAACUCUGCAUGGAGUGCCGGCACCUCAGCCAGCGAGCAGCACCCACAGCCCACCGGGAUGAGCCCCCUCCCGAAGAACCCCCCAAACAACGCUGCCGGGCCCCCGCCUGCGAUCACUUCGGCAAUGCUAAGUGUAACGGCUACUGCAAUGAAUGCUUUCAGUUCAAGCAGAUGUAUGGCUAAGUUCAGACAUGUAGAACUGUCCCAACAAGAGGGACCUUGAGCUGCCAGGCAACUUGGUGCUAUACUCUAAAAUCCUGAGUGCCACUUGAAGGGGCAGGUCCUGGGACACUGGCCUCGAGGAGCUGUCUUUGAGCGGGAGAGGCAAGAUAAGCUGUUCUUCAUCAUGCCCGUGAUGAUCACAUUUGGUAGCCAGGAAUAAAUACUCUGCCCAGGUGGCUUUAGAGCAAAGCUUGUAACUGACUGGCGCUGCUUGAUGUCAGAUUCAGCCAGAAGCUGCUGCUUCUCUCCUACCAAGCAGAGGGCUGGAACCAUCUCUGGAUGCGGAACACUUCCACAUCCAAGCACUGGCGGUGGCUGCUCUGCCACGUGCCAGGACGGCUGCAUCAUGUUGACAGAAGCAGGAAAAGACAGAAGACAGGCAGGUGGGUUGAGAGACCCGGGGCCACCAUCCUGCCGCCAGAAGCCGCUCUCCGCUGAGACGGAGAGCUCAAAUCCCCGGGGCGCCAAGGUCCUCUACAGGAAGCUCCCAGAAGCUCAGGGAACAUGGACAUCUUCUGGUUCGUUUCCCAGGUUCUGCGGCAAAGCGGAACCUCCUCCAUGGACUGUGAUUCUGAGGCUGCUGAGACUGGACAUGUUCCCACGGAGAGAACACAAGCUACUCUUGACAGUAUGCACCACGUGAACAGCAGAAGAACAUCAGCAGGAAGACAUGUAACCCAGCGUUACCUUCCUCUUCACUCUACAGAGGUGAUCUUGAGAUGAGGUGUAUAUCAAAGUGUGUGCACAUAUAAUAAUAUGCCCUUAUAUUUAUGAGGGAUUUUUUUUUUUUUUAGUGUUUAAGUGAUGCCCUACAGAUACAAGUAGAAAGACUGAGUCAUAAUAACCUGUUUUCUGGUUAUUGUUGGGGCAGCUCUCUGUAUACACACAGCUUAUGACAUGAACUCAACCCGCUGCCUUCUUGAAGGGAGCUCUCCAUGUCCUUUAUUUAUUACAAACGUCAGAAUUAUUUAAAUGAAGAUUCUCUUGAAAAUGCUGCAGUAUCUCCUUGGAUGACACAUUUGCUUUGGGUCAUGUUCUAGAACCAAGCAAGCUCCUGACCACAGCAGGGAGGCGACCUCUUUGGAUGCGUUUUGACUCAUAGUCUCCCUAGGAAAGAAGGAAUUGCUUUAUGAGUAAAUCUGGUAGAAUCUGUGCUUCUUAUAAAACUCUGGCUGUAUGGUAAGAAACGGCUGUGUGUUUUCUGGAGAUGUUUCUGAGUAUCCUACCUCCUUGGAGAGAUGAUGGUGAGGGAGUGUGGAAGAGACUGUGGAGAGCCGCGGGGAACUAAGCGGUCUUUCGGGAUGGUUUUGCUAACUGGGGUAGUGUUGUAUCCUUGGUGUGCUGAGUGACGCCCCAGCCUUGGACAGCAAAACCCAGUAGCCGUGAGGAUGAGGGAGUCUGUGUCUGUCGUUGGCCUGCGGUUUCUCAGUGUGCUUUGUGUUAUUGUCAUGCUUGCUUUAGGGGAAAAAGAAAACAAAAAAGAAAAGAGGGAAAUGUGUUUUUCCAGAGGUAAAGGCUGCCAUUUGGGGGUUCUGACAUAGGACCUGAAAAAUCUUUGUGAUACAUAACUCUACAUGGCCUUUCCUCAUGUUAUCCGAACACAUCUUUCCCCCUGACUUCAGUCUUUUGAUUUCUUUCCAAAGAUGUCAACUACUUCGAUGUUUUCAUCGAGUUCUUUCAAAGGUAGUACUCUUAUAUUGUGUGUCUAUUGAUAUUAUAUCAUUCUUAAUGUGAAACAGUAGAAUUAUUUAUACUUAUCAUAGAAAAUAUUUGAAAUUUGCACAUCUAGUUGUCCUUAGAAUGCUAUCAUUGUCAAGUUUCCCUAAAGAAAUGUAACUUUUCAUAAGAGUCAAUAUGAAAAAAAAUAAAUUAUUUCAGAACAAA